GUGCUGAGGCAUGAGGAGUUCGAGGAGGGCUGCAAAGCCAGCUGCAACGGACCUUAUGAUGGAAAAUGGAGCAAAACGAUGGUGGGCUAUGGGCCAGAAGACAACCACUUUGUUGCAGAAUUGACUUACAAUUAUGGAAUUGGAGAAUAUCGCCUGGGCAAUGAUUUUCUGGGCAUAACGCUUGUGUCCAGCCAGGCUGUGAGCAAUGCUAAGAAGAUGGGGUGGCCCAUCAGAGAAGUCACCACUGGUGUUUUUGAAACUGAAGCCCCAGGGGGAUACAAGUUCUACCUGGAAGACAAGGAACAGCUCAAACAAGAUCCUGUGCAGAAGGUGACCUUGGGUGUCUCCAAUCUCCAGAAGUCUGUUAAUUACUGGUCUAAUUUACUCGAGAUGAAAAUCUACGAGAAGGAUGAGGAAAAGCAAAGGGCUUUAUUGGGCUAUGAGGAUAACCAGUGUAAGCUGGAGCUGAAGGCUGUUGGAGGAGCAGUGGAUCAUGGGACAGCAUUUGGGCGAAUCGCAUUCUCCUGUGCAAAGGAAGAGUUGCCGAAGAUUGAAGCGCUGAUGAAAAAGGAGAAUCAGAAAAUUCUAACACCUCUGGUCAGCUUGGACACACCUGGCAAAGCCACAGUGCAAGUGGUUAUUUUGGCAGAUCCUGAUGGCCAUGAGAUCUGCUUUGUGGGAGAUGAAGCAUUUAGAGAUCUGUCCAAGGUGGACCCUAACGGUGCUAAACUGUUAGAUGAUGCCAUGGCGUCGGACAACAGUGACAAAUGGUUUGCUGCGCAGAAUAUGAAGAAGGCUGCUGCUUAG